UUUCAGCUUUAAGUUUAACCAAGCCUGGCGUUUGCUAUAAGCUCAGCGUGCGCGAAGUGCCCGAUUGAUCGAACCGCGCUGGCUCAAGGCUUUGUUGCCCUAGUUAGGUUAGGUUUAUUCACGUUCGCAAGUUGCUCGCCUCCCCUCUCUGCUUGCGCGGCCUCUGCAGUUCUGCAAAUGCAGCACUGCGCGGGAAUGGUGUCUAUUUUUUUUGCAAUGUUCAUGUGCGUCCUGGCCGCAGCACGCCAGCCAAAGAACACGACAACGUCUACUCCAUCGUCCGUACCUGAUUGUGGAGGCUCGUUCUCGGUCCCGUGGCAAUCGCGAACCGUCUUGGCGCCGCCCCAGGGCCUCUUGGAGGGCAUGUUCCAGGCCAUCGUUUCCGCGCUGCUCUGGACGUGCUGCUCGCAGCACGAUGGUUACACAGGUUGGAAGAACAAGGAAGGGUUCGAGAACGUCUUGGUCGAAGGCGACCAUUUGGUACCACAUCUUGGUGCCCGUGCGUACUUUGCAGAUACAUGCACCGCCGGCGUUUACAACAACACAGACUACAUGCGCAUCAACUUGCUGGGGAAGUCAUUGAGGUUUUCCGCGGACCUGAAGGGAGCUGGAUGUGGCUGCAACGUGGCGUUCUACUUGACCUCUAUGGGGCACAACAAGAAUGCUUCUGAGUGUUUCGACCAUUACUGCGACGCUAACAACGUCUGUGGACAGUCCUGUAGCGAGAUUGACAUCAUGGAGGCAAACCAGUUCGCUUGGCACUCAACGCUUCACACAGCUACCGACCCAGAUGGUGCUGCGUCUGGCUUCGGGGGUGGUGGUGACGGAUGGGAUGGCCCCCGAAAUUGGACUGCCGAUGACUACGGCGUUGGUGGCAAGUGUAUCGACACCGCGAAGGCUUUCCAGGUGGUCGCGUCCUUCCCUGUGGACGCGAGUGGUAAUCUGGUCGCGAUGCAGGCCGGCGGCCGCC